CUCACCAGCAGAAUUACUACAGACAACAAUGACAGCUCUUGGAAUAUUCCCAUUACAUCGGACUGGAAAUUCCCCAUUGGCCCUGUACAUAGACCCCGCCUCCUUCCUUGUGAAGCAGCGUGAGCACAAGUCACUUGCAGUUAGUGCAGUUACAGCUCAGCCAGACAUGAAGCACUUUCCAGCCGGGGACCUAAAGGGUCUGCAGCAGGUCGGGAAAGGGGGAUUCGGAACGGUUUAUAAGGGAUGGAGCCAGAGUCUGAACAUGGAAGUCGCCCUGAAAACUAUUGAAGGAGCACAAAGUUUCAGCAUUAAUAAGCUAAUGAAAGACAUAUUGAAGGAAAGAGAAGUGAUGGAGAAAGCUAGCAACCCGUUCGUCAUUCGUCUGCUCGGAAUGUAUGAGAGACGGGAAGUGCAAGCUAUGGAACAUGGCCUCGUCAUGGAAUACAUGCCCAAUGGAAGUCUUCGCUCUUUGUUUGACAUUACGGAUGUGCCGUGGGCUCUAAGAUUUCAGAUGCUCCACCAAGUGGCCUUGGGAAUGAAUUACCUCCACACACUUGAUCCUCCCAUCAUUCACAGGGACUUAAAGCCAAGCAAUGUUCUUCUCAAUAAGCACUAUGAUGUUCAGAUCACAGACUUUGGUUUAUCCAAAAUUGUUGGUGCAACAACCUCAGCAACUUCCUCUUUUGCUGGAACUCCAUCCUACAUGGCUCCAGAAGCUCUUGAUGACCUGAAUUACAAACCCACCAUGGCAUACGAUGUGUACAGCUUUGGCAUCUUGAUUUGGACAGUCCUUUCUGGUGAAGAACCCUUCCCUAAUGCACACCCAGCAUUGAUUCAUUUUGGAGUAUCUAAAGGACAGAGGCCUAGUCUGGAAGUGCUGGGUCACUUGGGCCACAUUAAAAUGGUGCCAGAAGCCAAAGAAUUAAUGAUAAAGUGCUGGAGUGGAAAUCCUGAUGAAAGGCCCAGCUUCCUCGAGUGUAGCCAUUCAACAAGACUCAUGUUUGAGGAGUACAGCAAUGAGAUAGAAGAUGCCAUUCGUACAGUGCAGGAUCAGAAACAUCAUUUACAAAAUGAGAUAUUAGAAGACCCGGGAUAUGACAGCACCUGUCAAGACAGUUUACUAAAUCAAGUUAUAGCUGCAAUUCAAGAAGAUUCCCAAGAAAUGAAAAAAGAUGAGACACAGACAGUUGCAGUGUUUAAUGAAACAACAGAGAUUAUUCAGGAGGACAACGAGCCAUCGGACAAAGGAGAUGCAAUUAGCAAUGCUAUAGAAGCCAUAAAGGAAUCUCGGGAUUACAACCGUAUCAUACACUGUGCUAAAGACAUUGGAAAGACCGUGGAAAAAGGUGGACACGAAAUUGGGAAAGUUUACAAAGACUAUAGAGGUGAAAUAACCAGAGAAAAAGUUUCAGAGCUUUGGAAACCCAUAAGGAAAUUAUUUUAGUACAUUUUCUCCUUACUGAGUACCAGUAAGAUAAGCUUGCAGCUCAUAGUUGGUGGCUGUCUACAAAGCUAACUGGCUGGAUGAAGCAACAUCCCCACAUCUCAUGUUUCCACGAGACUCUACAUAUCCUCUAUGCAUGGAUGUUCUGCAAUAUUCAGGCACCAAAAUAAUGUGCAUGUAUUAUAUACCGAAAUCGAAUGAAAUCACAAAGAAAAAAUAAUGAUCAUAGGACAUAACUAGAACCUUCUGUGUCUUGGAUUAUUUUCAAAACCUUCAGUAUUGAUAAAAACUUUUUCAGAAGAUAUAUACUCAACCUUGCAUUUCCAUCCAGUGUUGCUCGGAGCACUCAUCCUCUUUCCACUGCCCUUUUGCAACCUGAUAUGUGUAUGGUAUGUGUAUAGGGCUUGGUAAAAAGUUCAGUGUUUAUUGUACAGGUAUAGGAUCUAUUAUGCGGAAUGUUCAGGGCCUAGGCUAUUCCUAUAUAAGGGUUUUUUCUGUAAUUCAGAGCACUAGCUACUUGUUUGUUUAAAAGUUGAAAAAAAAGUGAUGAUGGUAACAGUUGCCUUAUAUGUGUGUUUUUAACUUCAAACACAAUAUAUGUAAUUUUCAGAAACAAUGAGUGCAACGUUUUGGUGCUGUUUCAUGCUUCUUAAAUCAAAGAAAUUAUGAGAUGUGAGACAAUGAUUCAAGCAUGAUGCAUGGGUGUAUUUUUUCAACUAUGUAUUUUCUGGCUAUGUUGGCCCGGCACACAUUAUUUUUGGGUAAUGCCAGUAUCCCAAUAUCAUGUUAAUGUUCAGAACGCCUAAAGAUAUUGUGAGGAUGGUGUUUUUGGGCCAUAGCUACACCAAAUCCUUGAAAGGGAAGCCAUCCUAUACACACCUAAUAAAGCACGAGUAUCCUUUCCAGACACCAUGCCAAUAAUUACCAGGCAUCGGCCUGGUAAAUCAAAACAUAAAUUAAAGAAAAGCAAGCAAUUGUGGCCAAGAAUUUGUUUUUACUUCAGUUAGAUUCUCGGCCACAACCACCUUUAUUUUUUUUUACUACAAUAGGGAACCAGAUGUUAGAACAUACCACAGAUCAUUGGCCACUGCUGUGUAUUUGAAAUCCGGGAUGUUUUAUGACUGUUCUCUUGUUAAUGUGUUGGCCAAAAGAGUAAGGGCUUUACUGAUUAAAGGAGCAGAUGUCUGGAUUUUGGAGCAGGUGUUGCCAGAUCUAUUUUGAAAAGUGCUGAUGCCGGAUUUCGGAGCGGGCUCAUGCGCGUGACAGUUUUUAGAGUGUGCCGGAUACUGGGACACCGGAUAAGGGGUCCAAUAUCUGUAUAAAAAAUAAUGCACCCUCUAUAAGGUUUUUAUAAGCCACCAAGGAGUUCUAUGACAGGUCAUGGAACUGCAAUAAUAUCCUCAAUUUUCAAUUGGGGGAUAUUAUGACGACAGUGAGUCACGUGACAGAAAUCACUAAGCACAAAUUAUAACUGAUGACAUCACUAAGCACUGUUUAUAAGGAUAUAAUGUCCCGGAUAUUCAUGGCUCUUGUGUAUUAUGAAAUUAUAAAGAUCUUAAACAUUAUACAUAUUAUGACAUGUAAGAUCUGCACUUUACUACGAAACAGUGUGAGCAUCAACCCUACAGUUUAUUUUCAGAAAUAAAUAGAAAACAAACUC